GCAACUCGAAUCGAAUCGUCUCCAAAUCAAAGCAGGCGACGGAGUUUGAUCGAUAAAAGUCAAACGACUCUGAUGGUAGCAACCAAGUUGGGGCUAAUCAGAACGGUUUUCGAAAAGUUAGUUGGUUAGUUAGUUGGUAGACCUAAACGAAGAACGGUCGUAAAGCGAUCGUAAUGGAGGAGCUGCAGGAUGCUAGCAUCCAUCAUAUGACCGCCAAGGUAAUAGCGGCUAUCAAGAACACCAAGAGCUACGAGCCGAUAUACAAGGAGCUGCAGAAGUUGGUCUGUAAUCCCAAUGUGGAUACCCACGAUAUGCGCAAUACCCUUGAGGACGCCAUCAAGAGCGCCGGCCUGGAGACGGAGAUCCGUAAUAUUGUCUACAAUUUGGUCAGGAGUCGUUUAACCAAAACGGAUGACAAGACACUCCCCAACAAGCAAACAUCGAAACCCACCGUUAGUGAUCCCCUUGGCUAUCUGAAAAGGGCCGGAGUCCUGUGGGAUCGCAGGGUUAGAAAGAGUUUGAAUGCUAUGUGCACAGAGCUAAAGGUUCCCCUGCAUGGACAGCCAAGGAUCAGUGCCGAUCGAGAGGACUUCAUGGCCAAGUGGAACGAGCUGAGCAACUACAAUAUGGAUCUGGCCAACUACAGGCCUGUCUAUGCACCAAAGGACCUGUUGGAGGUGCUGCUCUCGCUAAAAGGACCUGCCAAAACCACCGAAAAUACAGAUCAAAUUCCCCAAUGGGAGUUCUCACACAUUGCCUUGCCCGUCAAGAACUUGUUUGAGCUGCGUGCCCAUUAUGCUGAUCUCCUGCGAAGUGAUAGCUACUUGGGAGUGCCCGAUCUCACGGUUCAAUGUCAGAGGAUUCUGGAGGGGAGACAUGCACCCAUGUGCCAGCAGUUCUUGAAGAAAGGUUGCACCCCUGCUCCUUAUAGAGGAGCACUAUGGGCAUCAGUAUUAGACAGCAAGCUUCAUGACUAUGACAUUGAUUACUGGCAAAAGCUGCGAAAUGCUGUCUGGACCACGGAUCACAUUGUUGAUAAGCUGGUCUUCAAGGACAUCCAAUUGACGGCCUCUAAUGAUGACCAGUACUUUGUGUUCGAGGAUGUGCUGUAUCAGGUGUUACUCUGCUUCUCCCGGGAUACGGACAUCGGUGGCUGUGUGGAGUAUGAGGCUUUUCCGGUGAAGGGCAAGACUUAUGAAGGCCCGCCAUCGGGCGUGGUUCCUUUCCACGGUAUUUGCAUGUUUGCCGCUCCCUUUUGUUAUCUGUAUGAUUCGCCAGUGAAUCUGUACUAUACAUUCCGGGCCUUUUACAUCCGUUACUGCCAUCGCCUGACCACCAUAAACACGCAUCCGCAGGGAAUUGUCAGCCUAUGUCUGCUCUUCGAGAAACUCCUGCAGACCUACGAGCCGCAGUUGUGGUCACAUUUUCGAGAGCUUCAGAUUCAACCUUUGCGGGUUGUCUUCAAAUGGCUAAUGCGAGCAUUUUCCGGACAUUUACCUCCGGACCAGCUGCUGGUCCUCUGGGACUUGAUUCUCGGCUUUGAUAGCCUGGAAAUCCUGCCACUGUUUGCCAUUAUAAUCCUGAGCUUUAGAAAGGAGAGCAUCAUGCAGGUGGCCUCGUUGGACAGCAUCGAAGCCAUUCUGGCGGAUCUGUCCUCCAUUAAGGUGCUGCCCCUCGUGCAAUUAGCUCUUAGUCGGGACUAAAAGCGUGGUCAAUGUCUAGUUACAAAAUUUAAGUAUUAAAAGUGUUAAAAAAAAA